AUGUCUUUUCAGCUUCAAAACUCUGAAGUGUUGGCUCGACUAAAGCCGUUUGGGAUACUGUUUGAAAAGAGUCUCAAUGAUUUGAUCAAAGGGAUACGUGCACAUUCCAAAGAAUCACCCGAGAGUCUUGCCAAGUUCCUAGAUACAGCGAUACAAGAAUGCAAGUCGGAAUUGUAUACGACAGACCUUGAAACUAAAGCGAUGGCGGUGCUCAAGCUAGCGUAUCUCGAAAUGUAUGGGUUUGACAUGUCUUGGUGCAACUUCCAGAUUUUAGAGGUAAUGUCUUCAAGCAAGUUUCAACAAAAGCGAAUUGGCUAUUUGGCCGCUAUUCAAAGUUUCAAGAAUGAACAGGAUCUUUUGAUCUUGGCAACCAACCAAUUCAAAAAGGAUUUAAACUCAUCAAACCAUGUAGAGGUUGGGCUUGCGCUCAGUGGGAUAGCAACCAUUGUUACACAGAAUCUUUCAAGAGAUAUAAUAGACGAUGUGGUGUUGAAAUUGACUCAUGCAAAGCCUUAUAUACGGAAAAAGGCCAUCUUGGCAAUGUACAAAAUCUUUUUGCAAUAUCCCGAGAGCCUUAAAAUAAACUUUCACAGAAUAAUUGAUAAAUUGGACGAUCCAGAUGUGUCUGUGGUUAGUGCCACGGUCAAUGUGAUUUGUGAAAUUUCAAAGAGUAAUCCAAAGAUCUUUCUCAAUUAUUUGCCAAGACUAUUUCAGAUAUUGGAAGAGACAAAGAACAAUUGGCUAAUUAUACGUAUUUUGAAGCUAUUUCAAAGCUUGUCCAAGAUUGAGCCUCGAAUGAAAAAGAAGAUUUUGCCCACCAUUAUUGAAUUAAUGUUGCGCACACUGGCGUCAUCCUUGAUAUACGAAUGUAUCAAUUGUGCCGUCAAUGGACAGAUGUUGUCUCCGGAAUCUUACAAGGAUCAAGAAACAGCGCGACUUUGCAUCAACCAAUUAAUGAAUUUUUUUAAAACACGAGACUCAAAUUUAAAAUUUGUUGGAUUGUUAGCUUUGAUAAAUAUCUUAAAGAUUUAUCCGGUGCUAUUGCAGUCCGUAGAUGGUGUUUCCGAUGUGGUGAUGGAUUGUUUACAAGAACUGGAUCCCAUUAUCAAAAGAAAGGCUUUGGAAAUCUCAAAUUAUUUGGUAACCGAAGACAAUAUAGUCGAUGUAGUCAAAGUAAUGCUUUUGCAGCUUAUACCGGAUGGGAAAGUUGUUGAUGAUAAUUUAAAGUUGGAAGUUACGUUGAAGAUACUUGAGAUUGCUUCAAGGGAUAACUAUGACAACGUCCCUAAUUUCAAAUGGUAUGUGGCUGUUCUCAAGGAUAUUAUGAACUUGACAGUCUUGCUGAAGGACGAGAACUUGAAAUCAAGUACCAUGUCUCUUUCUUCUGGGGCAGAAAUUGCUAACGCAUUGGGUAAAGAGUUUACCACAUUGGCAACAAAAGUUCCCUCUGUACGUGCGUAUUUGUUGGAAAACGUUGUUGUGGAAGUGGCUUUGGAUAUUGGCGCAGUGGACACUGCGCCGGAUCUCUUGAAACACAUUUACUGGAUAUUAGGUGAAUACAUUGACGAAUUGAAAGUUGGAGUCAAUAACAAUGAUGAACUAGAGGUAGAGGAUGAGGAUUUGGUCGUUGGAGUGGGUAAAAAAGUUCAGAUAUUCAAAAAUCUUCUCAAUAUUGAACUAAAUCAGCGCUUAGUGGAAAGUUUGCGAUUACUUGCUCCAACAAUUAUUUCGAUUCUUAUACAAACUGUGGUCAAGAUUUUCAACGCUUUGGUAAGAGAUUCUAUUCGUGCAUACUCUAACAACGGGGAGCUUUCGAGAGAUAAGUAUGAUCAGUUGAGUUACCACUUGUAUCGCUUAAUUGGUUUUCUCACCUUAUGGAGGGAGCACUCAAAUUAUGAGGUACAAGAAAGAGCAAUGUCGUGGCUUGAGUUUUUAAAACUCUGUCAGGAGGCCAUGGUUGGUGAGGAUUUAGCUGCAUUGAAAGCAUUAGAAAAAAUGGAAAAGAAUGAGUCCGCUAUGGGGAAUACUGGUAUUAACGGCACCACACUUGGUGAAGGCGAGUCCACUUCUGAAGAUAGUGAUAUUGAUUCUGAUUUAAGUGACGAGCUGUCGAGUGAGUCCGAUGAUGCGUACUCAAAUUCGGAUUCAGACGAGCAAAUCAACAGCAAUGGAAGUUUUGCAUUCGCCAGUAAACUCUCUGAUAAUCCAUUUGCAGGUGAGUACCUGGCUAUUGAAGAUGAUGAUAUUGAUGAUGUUGGUGGUGGUCAUGAUGAUUUGAAUAAACCUAAUAAAAAUGAAAUAUCAUCUUUGCAUGCACCUAGAAAAUUACCUAUGUUGGUCAGUCAUAUAUUACCGUCCUUCUUUAGCGCUUUCCCGUUGAAUCCUGUUUCCAAAAACGCACAGCGAAAUAUUCCUGUCCCAAAUAGUUUGGAUUUGGAGCUGGAAAUUCACCCAGAGGUUGAAGUUCCGGAGCUUGUUACUUUUGAUGACUCGUACAAUUUGUAUCUAACAGAACAUGAAGUACCCGACGAGCCUUUGAUCAAAUUAUCUAGUGAAGAAGUUGGUAAUGGAAGCAAAAAAUUGAAUCGUUACAAAGAUGAUCCUUUUUACCUUGAUUAUGAAGAUAAAUCGAAGAAAAGUCUGUCAAGGAAAUCGCUGACGAAAUCCCCCAGCCUGGACCGCGAUGUUAGGACAUCUUCGAGUCCUACUAUGAGUAUUUUAUCAUCUGCAUCGAAUCGAGAGCAGUCAAACACAACUACUAUGCAACGAAAGAAGCAACCAAAGAUGAAAAAGGAAAAAGUUGCCAUCUUGCAGGAAGAAACAAUUGGUGAUAGCGGCCAAGGUACUGAUGGUACCAAUUAUGAUGAAAGCAAUUUACUUGAUUUCGAUGAGCCGACUUUGUCAAAGCUGAAUAAAGGGAAAAAGAACAAUAGAGGUAUGAGCAAUCUUCGCAUCGACUCCUCUAGUUUGGCCAAAAUUGAUUUUGAUUUGAAUCUGGACUCUCUGGUACAACCAUUGGAAAGUAGUAAUGAAGGUGAGUACCAAAUAGAUUUGAAUGCACUAAGAGAAAAGUUAGCAAGCUCUUCGAUUGAGCAUCCGCGGAAAAUGGAAAAGGAAAAGAAGAAAAAAAUGAAAAAAAAUGAAAACGAAAACGAAGAUGAAAUUGAGAAAGAGAGUGAGAAAGAGAAUGAGAAAUUGAAAAUGAAAAUGAAAAGAGAAAGAUUGAGUAAAAAGGAGAGACUGGAAAAGCUUGAAACGAUGGAAGCAAUGCAAAGUUUAGAAAAAACAAACCCAAAAAAGACAGUUUUAGGAGUGGACAAGAUUGGAGAUGCUGCAGAACUGGUGUCCAACGUCGAGACACCAGCGGUGAUUGCGGUGAAAUCAAAGAAAAAAAAGAGCAAGAAGAAAGCUGCUAUAAUAGAAUAG